AUGAGUGAGCAUCUCAUCCCUUUAGGGGCUUUAGAAUGUCUGUGGCUAGCCUACGCAUGCACAGCUCCCAUGUGUACCUGUACAGAAGAAUAUUUUGAUGAACAACAGUUACAGAGAGAAAAGAAUGCAGGGAGCAAAUGUGUGAUUUCUAUGAGUUCCGACACCACAAGCCUACAUGAUCCCAGGAAUCCAAGUCAUGUGAAAACAUUUACAUUUGACCUGGCUUAUUGGUCUCACAGUGGAUUUGUAAAGGACCAAGAUGGCAAACUCAUAUCAGCUGAGCCAAACAGCAAAUAUGCAGGACAGGGAGAACUUUUCCGUGACCUUGGUCAGGGGAUUUUAGAGAGUGCUUGGCAAGGUUACAAUGCUACCCUCUUGGCUUAUGGUCCAACUGGCUCCGGAAAGAGUUAUUCAAUGAUUGGAUCCAGCACAAACAGAGGCAUCAUUCCAGUGGUGUGUGAAGAGCUCUUUAAAACCAUUCAAAACCAAGAGAAGAAUAGGCAAUAUCAGGUUACAUUUAGUAUGCUGGAAAUUUAUAAUGAACAGGUAAUAGAUUUACUAUCUAAAAUCAAGAAACCGGGUGGACUCAAGGUAAGGGAAGAUCAGCAGCAAGGCUUCUACGUGGAUGGCUUGAAGCUGGUGCCUUGUGAUAGUUAUGCACAAAUUGAGAGGCUAAUGGAACAAGGGAUCAAAAUAAGAACCACUGCAUCCACCAGCAUGAACGCCACCAGCAGUCGCUCUCACAUGGUCAUCACCAUCCAGUUCAAACAGAUUUUUUUGAAAGAAGAUAUCACCAAACAAUCCAUUAUAAAUUUGGUGGACUUGGCAGGAAGUGAGAGACAAAAAUCCUCAGGAUCAGAAGGAGACAGACUGAGAGAAGGGUCACGUGUAAAUCUGAGUUUAACCACCUUAGGAAAUGUUAUCAGUGCUCUGGCUGAGGCUGCUGUGGGAAAGAAAGUAUUACAUGUCCCAUAUAGAGAUUCCGUUCUUACAAAACUCUUGCAGUCUGCUUUGGGAGGAAACAGCAGAACUAUUAUGAUUGCAGCUAUUAGUCCAGCGGACAUCUGUUAUGAGGAAACAUUAUCAACGUUGCGGUAUGCUGAGAGGACAAAAAAGAUAAAGAACAAAGCUGUGAUAAAUGCAAGUCCAACUGAGAAACUGAUAAAGGAGCUGAAGGCGGAAAAUAGUAAUCUGUUGUCCAGGUUGUUACGCCUUCGAAAUUCUGGUAAAAGAGUAGCAGAUGAAACAAAAGAGCUUCGCUGUUUGCUUGCUGAAAAUGAACUGCGGAUUCAAGCCAUUCAAGCAACAUGGGAAUAUCGGCUGGAAGAAGCCCGGAAAGAAUGGGAACAGCAGUAUGCAGCAGUAACUCAGGAGGGACGGAUGAUGGAAGUAUUUCCUUACCUUGUGAAUAUCAAUGAAGACCCUCAGCUUUCAGGCGUUCUGAUUUACAUCAUUCAAGAAGGUUCUUCUGAUGUUGGUCAGUCAUCUUCAAAUGCAAUAACCCUCAGAGGUUUGGGCAUUUUGGAUAAGCAUGCCACAAUCAUAAACACUGGUGGCAAAGUUACUAUAACUCCUCAAGAUAAUUGUAAAGUAAUAGUUAAUGGUGUCCCCAUUGUUGUGAAAACUAAACUGCAACAUCUGGACCGUAUUAUUUUGGGGUCAAAUAAUGCAUAUUUGUACAUUGGCCCACCUGCUGAUCGUACUAAUGAGGACCUAAGCAGAUAUGAUUAUGACUUUGUUCAAUCAGAGCUGGCAGCAGCAAAAGGCUUCAGUGUGGAUAAACUUGGGACUGGGAACAAGAAGGAUGGCAAAGCAGAUCCCAGUGUCCUUGCUGUGUUCCAUGACUACAUUAAGUUAAUGCCUUUGAUUGCUGAAGCAAAUCAAAUGAGUGUGGAACUGAUGAAGGACCUAAAGUUGGAGCUGAAGGUGAAAAACCUAGCAUCAUCUGACUCCAGAGGUUAUGACUUACAAAAGGAGAUCAUAGUUAAAGUGACACACAAUAUUACUAACCAGGUAUGGGUGUGGUCAAAAUCUAAGUUCAUCAAUAGGAAAUUUUUAAUGGAAGAACUUUAUCAGCAUUUUUUAGAUGGAGAAGAUGUGCAGGUUGACAAUGAAACUGAUCCAUUCUGGGAUCCUGUGGAAGUAAUUCAUUUAGGGUCUGCUCACAUCUGGCUCCAGUCACUUGCUUACUGCAUGAAGCUUGAAGAACAAAUAGAACUCCUUAAUUCUGAAGGGAAGGAGGAAGCCAUCUUACUUAUCAAUAUAGUUCCAUGCUCUCCAAAUGGCAGAGCCUUUGGAGAGGAUGACAUGGUUAUUGACCCAUUUGAAAUGCUGGGGAAAAGGAUAGAUUUCCAAAUUCACAUUUUACAAUGUCUUGGAGUCAAAUGGAUUAAAGAAGUAGCACAAAGAGGGAUUCAAAUUGGAUACAAAGUUUAUGAUCUCCCACGCUCAUUAUACACAAAGCCUGCCUGGAAAAAUGUGAAUCCAAAGCUAGAAGAAGUAAUCCAAUUUUCAGCCCUGAAUACAUCCCAUGAUUUUUUGAAUUACUUGCAGAAAAAUGCUUUGAUUGUUGACAUGUGGGGGCUUCAAGAAGGGUGUGCAGAACUGGACUCCUCUCAACAAGACAUGGCAGUCACCGCCAAGGGAUCCAUUAUAAUUGAUAAUCCCAAAGCUGAGAUUCUGAACCAUGCUGGUCUAAAAACAGAUAACCAUGUUGCUGAACUUUACCAAAAGCUUCUAAAGCUAGAGCAAGAGACUGAGCUACUCAGAGAUAUUAACAGAGCUCUAAGGGAGGAAAAUGUACUUCUGAAAGAAAAAUUGAAAGAAUGUGAAACAGAAACCCAUCGAAGCAAGACACUAAAAUCACCCAUAAAAAAGCAAGCUACUAAGACGACUCCAUCUGCAUCAAAAGAUACUUAUGCAGUAUGUAACUCUCGGAUAAGCUGUGAUGCUGAAUUUGCAAAAGCCCUCAAAGCCUUCUAUCAGAAUAUGAAUGUAAUCAGAGGACAGUUCUUAAAACUGAAGCACUACAAACCCCCUGAAGAAGAUAAUGUACAACUGCUGCGACAGUUUGCUGAGAAACAAUCACACAUGUUAAAGGAUUUUGGAGACCAACUUGAGUCAUGUAUAAGUAAACUGAAAAAUGAUGUUGCCUUAAUCAUUAAAAAGAAACGAGAAAGACUAGUUAACAGCAAAUAAUGAAGCUGUAGUAGCAACUGUACCAAAUAAAA